AUGUCUACAGAAACCCUUGGCCGUUCCGAGACGUCGGCCGGCGUCCCCAACCUUCAACCCGCGUUUCUGUCCCUGUUCUCCAGAAAGCGUCGCGCCGGGACCCCACCAAGCCUCCCGCCGCCGUCCGGUGAGCGCCGGGACCAGUCGCUCUGCGAGACGCCCCUCGAUCUUCGGGAUACAACGUCAUUGGACCAUCUCGCUGCCGCCACCAAGGAGACGGUCCUGUACCUGGCCUAUGGCUCCAAUCUGUGCUACGAGACCUUCCAGGGCAAGCGAGGCAUCAGGCCGCUAUCACAGAUCAACGUCGUCGUGCCCUCGCUCCGUAUCACAUUUGACCUGCCCGGCAUUCCCUACACCGAGCCAUGCUUCUCCAACUCGGGGUUGAGAAACCCUGCCUCGGGAAACGAAGGUGAGGCUGCCUCGGAGAAGACGCCGUUGUUCGCGCCUGCUUCCGGGUACAACAAGGACCGCUGGAAGAAGGGCCUUGUUGGCGUCGUCUACGAAGUAACGCUCAGUGACUACGCCCACAUCAUUGCCACUGAAGGCGGCGGUACCGGCUACAAGGAUGUGCUUGUGGACUGCUACCCUCUGGACGACAGGGACUCGGUGCCCGAUCAGCCCACGGGCCAGCUGUUCAAGGCGCACACCCUCUUCGCACCGACCCAAGAAGGCGGGCGCCUCAAGAGACCAGAUCCAUCCUACGCCCAGCCAUCCGCACGGUACCUCAAGCUCAUCACUGAUGGGGCUGAAGAACACGACUUACCCAGGGACUACAAGGAGUAUUUGUACGGGAUCCAGCCGUACACCAUCACAAGCAGACGCCAACGUGUGGGACAGAUGAUCUUCAACACCAUCUGGCUGCCGCUCUUCCUCGUGAUGAUAGCACUCCAGGAAGCAUUCCAAGACAAGAACGGCAACAGUCCGAGCUGGGUGGCCGCUUUUGCCAACGCCCUUGUGAAUGCGGCCUGGGCCUCGUAUGAUGGAGUCUUCAAGAGACUCUUUGGCGAUGGCGAACGCACGGUCGAGAAAGGGGAUGAGGAAAUGCAGGCGUCAGCAUGCUGUAUACGUCGUAGGGUGCGCAACAUUGGAUCUGACGCGAGGACGAAAUAA